AUGGCAGGCAUUCAACUCCACCCCGCGAGCGUUCAUUUCCCCAUCACCUUCAUCGCUUUGACCGGCUUCCUCGAUUUGCUUUACUCCGCUGCAAGUUUCCCUCCCACAGGUUCCUUCAUUCUCUCUACCUUGAAAUAUCUGGACGUGCCAUCGGCCCUUGUGGAGCUCUUGCCUCAGCUGUCCUUCUACACCACCAUUCUCGCUCUCGUCACAACCGUUCCCGCCAUUGUCACCGGAUUCUCGGAUCUGCUCCCAUUGAUUCUACGCGAUGGAUUCGGUACGCCAAAGGUCCGAACUGGUCUGCUACACGCUGGGCUCAACGAUGUUGCGACUGCGAUGAUGGCGUUCAAUUGGUGGACGAGGAGACACGUGGAGGAUUUUGCGCCUACAGCUGUCAAUACGAUGCUGAGCGGUUUAUUGGCUAUGCCGGUGAUGUUCUACGCGGCUUCGUUAGGUGGACAUCUUGUUUAUGGAUAUGGGAUGGGGGUUGGCAAGUCGAGCAAUAAGCAGAAGAAGACUCAAUAA